AGGUUCGGUCUAUCCAUCGAAUCGGCUAACAGCUUGAAGCGCUGAUGCAACUAACCUGCAACAACAGCCAUGUAUCUCCUGGGUAGCAAAAAGUGUUCUUCCUCGCUAGAAUAAAUGAAGUAGUCCCUGUGAAACAAUACACAUCUGAACGGUAGCGUGUACGUGUUAUGGUUUAAAUAUUUGAUGUAUAGCCAGAUAUUGCGAUUGUAGUAACCGUCCCAACUCUCGUGAAUAAAAACUUUCAUAGCGCAUUCUUCUCCCAAACUUCAAACCAGCGUUUCCUAGUUAGGUAUUAACGCACUGCUAUCACGGUUGUCGAGAAGAAAAAGUGAGACCUAGAUCUUGUAGGCGUUUUCGCCGGUCCAACACGAGGUGUGAAAUUUAUUCUAGACCAAAUACAUCCACAGGGCGGAGGAAUCUAUAGCACAGGGGGCUGACCGCGUGACGCAGCUGGUUGCUAGGUGUGGGUGACCUGAUGCGUUGACUCAAUUAGUCGAUUCUCAGUCAUCAACUCCAUCACAACAAAGCAAGACCAACAUCACUUCAGUCCUAGACACUCCGAAGGAGCCAUGGCUUUUUAAUUCAGUACAGUCCUCGAUCACAAAGAAACGCCGUGCUUUGCUCUUGCAACGCACCCCAAGCCCAAAACAUUUCAGCAACAAUGGAGUUUCAUAAUGCACACCAAGCCCUGUUUUCUGUGGCUCAACUCUCAAACUUCACUAUUGUGCACUGUAAGCUCGGACAUUUGAAUCGUAGGACUAACAGACAGGAUGAUGACUAUGUCAGCACCCAUUUGGAAGACUCUACUCGUCUGCCAGGCAGACCCUCUCACUCUCUCUCACCCACAGGCUAACCACAGCCAAUCGGAGGGGCGCAGAGGGGAGGGGCCAGAGGAGAGCCAGCACUUAAUUGGUGAUGGUCUUAGAGACUGGAUGACGGAAGAAGUAGAUUUCUCCUCUUACCUCCCAACCCCUCACUCCUCUCCAUCCCCCAAUGCAUCCCUUCCCCCCUCGCCCCUCCAGCAUGACAUCCAGGUGCCCUCAGAUUUGGAGGUCAUGACCUCUCUGCUGCAAGAGGAGCUUGCUCAGCUGGAGGAUUACUUCCUGUCUGAACCACUACCAGAAAAGGCCUCCAAACUGGGCAAAUGCGACAAGGGUCCAACGGCAGUUGGUCCCCCAUCGUAUUACCAGUUGCCUUACGCAUCAUAUUCUACUUCAAACCAAUCAGAAUCCAGCCCUCUACUUGUUACCCUGGCAACUGGGGAACUUGACUUGCUGAGCUUUUGUGGGGGUCCCAUUGGCCGUACCAAGAUUCCUAGGCACACCCCUUACAGUUGCAGCCGCCCCAGCAGCAAUGUCUGCAGCCGCAAGCGAGUUUCCGAUGGGGCGAGGGUAGCUGAAAGCUACGAGAGUAGCAUCUGGAGUUCCAAAGGAAGUUCCUCUGGUAACUCAGCUGUUGCUCCUGGUGGUAGUUACAGCUGUGCAGAAGAUGAACGGGUGAUGGGCAAAGGCUACUGCCUGGGCAGUGCGGUGGAGAUCAGACGGUGCGCCAUUUUGCCCAAAGAGGAGAAAAACUGCCGCUACACAGAAGAAGCCAUCAGUGCAAGUAAGGUGGUUGGUGCCGGAUACGGUUUUAGUGGACCCAUUCAAAUUCCCCACAAGAAAGAUGAAAUGAUGAUGUAUGGUGUCAGAGAAGUCAAUUUAAGUGGCAUAGGAGGAAGCACAGAGAUAGAGAUGAUGAGCGAUGCAAAGAGUUGUGCUAGUGACAUGGUGAAGGCCAGCGUCACCUGGAAGUCUGAGCCCAACAAAAGCUGUUUCCUCCAAGGUACAUCGCAAGAAGAGGCCUACCACAGCUUUCUAGGGGCAAUCAAUGAGCCAGUAAAAGCAGAAAGUGCAGAGAUUCAUCGUCAACAUAACAACUUCCACUGCGGCUUUCUCGAAGGUCAAGGCCCUGAAUGCUUGAGUGGUGACCGCCACGGACCUGAAGUGGGAUCUCCGUGUGCCAGAGGAGUCUGUUUGUUAAAAGAUGAUCCCUGCAUUGCGAAACCAGAGCUAGAGGUGCCUUUUAUCGAAGGGAACCAAGGUGAACGUAAACAGAAGAAAAGAGAUCAGAACAAGACUGCAGCUCACAGAUAUCGUCAAAGAAAGCGAGCAGAGUUGGACUCAUUGGAGGAACAGCUUCAUGGCCUGGAGGGUAGAAACCGUGAGCUACGGGACAAAGCAGAAUCAGUGGAACGGGAGAUCCAGUAUGUGAAAGACCUCCUUAUUGAGGUGUACAAGGCCCGCAGCCAACGGCUAAAACAAGAAACCAGCGCCUGACCAAAAGCUUGACCUCCUGCAAGUAGAAUUGUUAGCAGUUUGAAAAGCAAUGGAAUUUGAGUUGGAAUGUUUUCUGACUGAAUGUGUUAUUUUUUUAAGAUGUGGUGGAAGUUGUACUAUUGCACGUAAUUCAAUCAUUUCAUUUUCGUUACAAACUGACAAAGUCCAUCAACAGCUGCAGCACAAACAUCCACUUUCUCAGAAACAAUUCCAAAUCAGUCAAUGCACUGUGAUUUUGUCUUGUCUUAAAUGACAGCCGUGUUUAUUUUACAUGGGUCUGCUUUCUUCAGGAGUGGCUAAACGAGUCAUCCUCUUGUUUCAUCGAGCUUUAACAACAGAGCAUUUACUGUUCAGGACUGGCAGAAAUCAACACUGAAUAAAUCAAGACCUUAAAUGCAUUAUCAUUUAUUUAGAAAAUGCUGUAAGGUAAUAUCAAAGUGUAGCAUGUGACCUGCAUUUAUCUUAAUUUAUUCAAUGGCUGUUUUUUUUAUUAUUAUUUAUUAACAGUUUCAACAUUUAUAAUACCAAAAUAAAUAAUGCACAACUAAUACAUUUGUAGUUCCUACUAUCUUUACUCUUCCAUAUAUGAAUUAAGGAAUAAGCACUGAUUUUAAAAGCAAUCUAUUUCUCAUAUAUUGAGUUUCAGGGGAAGCACUCCUCAAAAUGAAUUCCCUCAGGAAUAAUGAACCUGAUGAUAUGUUUUUAAAUCCCCAAUUUAGAAUAGUCCUGCAGCUCAGGUAUACAAUUUAUUUCCAAAGUCAUGGAGGUAUGUCAGUUUGUAACUCAAUGCUGAAGAUAUGGCACUGCCUAAUGUUAUGUGUGUGUUGAUUUUCUGUACUUUCGUUCUUGCAUGCUGAAGAUUUCAUGGCUCUUUAAAAAAGAAUGUCUGAAUGACAUGUUGAACAUUACUGCAAAAGUCUUUCUUGCUUAAGAAGUCUUAUUUUAUAUUCUCUUUGUUAACACGUUUCAUUAGAGAUGAAUGAGUGGAAUUUGAUUCACAAACUACUGCUUGGCCCAAUGUCUGUGCUGUUAUUGCGAUAACAAUCAGGGUUUGUGAUUUUAUAAAGCUUGUUUGAUCUAAUGCACAAAUGUGUGUUUGGGGACAGAAAAUACAUCUUUAUAGUGAUACAGUUUUUUUAUAAUUAUCAUUGAAAUGAUUGUGGUGGCUUUAGAGACCAAUUUCAGACUCCCAGCUUCAUAGCAAUAUUUCAUCAACAAUGUAAAUGUCUUGAGUUAUGAUUAUUGCAACUGUAAUCUGCACAAUCCUUAACAAAUUUUAUGAUUUUCAUGUUUACAAUUUAGCUAUUCCAGGUUUUUUUUCCUGGCAACCUGUCUAGUGACUCUGAUUUGCUACUUGUUCACAUAGGGAGCAUGCAUAUAGCACAAUUACAACAACAACAAAGAAAUCAGCAGCAAGUCAGGCUUUGAUAAGUUUCUCUGUAUCCAUUCUUUUGAGGCAUUUUUGCCGAAGUGUGGUGUGUACCUUACUAAGUAGCAAUAUUACAUAUAGGCUAUCAUUUAAUUCCUCUUAAUAAACAACCAAGAUGCUGAGAGAGCUUACCUUAGCGACUUCAGAUUUGCUUUUCCUUAUGGCGGUAUACAAUCAUGUUUAUGAAAUAUAGCUAAUUAUGCGCUGUGCUGUACGUCAUUUUAUGUUGGGGAAUGAAUGUUUCUUUUUUCUUCUUCUUCUUCCCCCCCUCCCCCCAACAAUCCAAAACUGAGCCACACAAUUUUAAAGGAGUUUACACCAGCUAUAAUACUAAGACUAGUCAUUUUGUAAAAGGCAUUUCGAUGUAUCGUCUCCGAUUAAUUGCUUUGUGUUUUCCUGUUACCCCUUUUGAUUCAAAUAAAGUGAUUUGUUUCAGCA